UCGCCCUCUGCACUGCAUACACGCGCAUUGAGCCGAACAUACCCGUGCUCCUGGCUCUUGGCAUCCUAGCCUCCUUUCUUCCUUCACUUCACCUGCUUGCCGAGUUGCGGUGGUGGUUGAUUUGUUUAGGGAGGGAUUGGCAACGUGGGCGUGCUGUGUGUUUACCUCUGGGAAUUCGGGUUUGCUUCAGGGAGUUCCCUUCAGACUGUUGUCCCGCGGAAUGGACAAGCUGGAAGUCGAGGACACCUUUCUUCCAGCCGACGACUCUUUUCUACUACAAGAACGACCCAUCAUGGCAUCCCAGCAGCAGCAGCAGCAGCAGCAGCGUCAGAGCAGCGUCGUUUUCGCGCACAACGACCAUGAAACCAUGCAGUUGCAGGCGCUCCCGGAGAAAAUUCGCUUCGUUUCCGUCGCUUUUAACUCCUAUCUUAACUCCGCCCGGGACCUACAAUCGUUGCGCAUCUCUAGUCCGUCGGCGGCUGCCGCUUGUCCUGCUGUCACGCAGGCGGUAGCGGAGACAGCAGAGGCUGCAGCGAUCUUCAACCAUGUCUUCGUCCCAGAGCUUAACUCACUCAUUUUCCACCUCGCAGCGCUCUCGGACCUCUGUCUCGCCGAGUCUGAUCCCUCCCAGUCGGAUAUAAAGGCGUGCUUGAAGGUGCUUGAGGAGCGCGUUAAAGCUGUCUCCAGAACGAGCAAGCAGCUGUCCAGUCAGCUUACGGGCUCUGGAGGGUCAGUGGAUGCAGCAUCGCAUCAGCUGCACGGCACUGAGAUGGACACGCUCACUACCAUGGUUGAGCUGCAUAAGAAGGAGCAGCGGGACUCCAAGCGCAGCUUCUGGCUUGGGGUUGGCGGGACGGCUCUCAUACUGCUUGGAGCCCCGCUGCUACUGUGCGAGGCACCUGCACUCAUCGCCGGUGCAGCCAUCUCUGGCGCCCGUGUCGGUGCCGGCGUUGCAGCACUGGCAGGAGGCGGUGCGAGUGCUGGGGGCGCCAAGGUGUUCGCCAAUAAGGCAGCCCAGACCCUUGCGGUCUACCAGGACAAGGGAGAGUUGCUGCAGGACGUGCAGCAGAUGAAAGGGCCCACACGAACGCUCUCCGACGGCACCGGCAAGCUGGUCAAGGGCCUGGACAAGGUCGACUAUGUGCUCACCAUGCUCUCAGACCGGGUCUCUGACUGCCUCACGACCCCGGGGAUUAACCUGAGCUCGCUGGCUCUGUUCAAGCUGCUGCAGCUGGCACAGGCGGUGGGGUCUGAGGCGUGCUACCUGCCGGCACAUGAGGUGGAGGUGGAUAUGCUGCUGGGGGACAGAGAGGCGGCUGAUGUCGUGCAUGCUUGGAAGCUGGAGCAGCGGGAGGCUGAAGCGGCAGCGGCGGCUGCUGCUGCUGCAACCAAGGCUGAGGUGUGAUGCUAGUGUUGAGGCUGGAUGCUGCUGCUGCUGCUGGAGUUACUGGCGCUACUGGUGCUCGGUGUUGCCAAGUUGCAUGGAUGUUAUUUAGUUUCAGCAGGUAGCAUGCGGGUCAGCAGUUGUGGUUGUGGAAUGGUGGUGCGUAGUUGUUUCUGUAAAUAUGACACACCGUUAUCAAUGUUGCAGUUGUUUACGAGCUGUACAGGUGGUUCAUGCUUAUCAUGUUCAGUGUCAGCUGCUCUUUGGGUAUACUA